AUGAAACACCGUGUAGUUGUUCUGCAGCAUGGCUCGCACGGCACGCACCGUGACUUGGGUUGUCUUGCACGACUUCUGCGCGCUCUUGACCCGCCACCUGUCGUCGUGGAACCGCAAGUGAAUGAGGGUUUUCAGACGGAUGACGGAGUUGUGGUGUGUGGAGCGCGGCUCGUGCAGGAGGUGCUGCGCGCCCUCAGUAGCCUUUGCAUGAAGGCCCUUGUGCCGUCUACGGCGCCAGCAGCAACGUCUGCGAUGCCUGGUGUAGAGAGGGAGACGACCGUGCAGUUAAGUUUUGUGGCUCACUCCAUGGGUGGGCUGAUCGUUCGCGAGGCGUUGCCGCAGCUGGUCCGGGAAUUGCGGUGUCAAGAGGGAAACCUACGGGUGGAGUGGAAAGUGUUUUGCUCGAUUGCGACGCCGCAUGCGGGCACGCGCCACAUGGAUGCCUCUGUGCGCUCUUACCUUGGGCGCCUGCUUGGACGUUUGUACUCCACCGCGUAUCAUGACAUGUUUCUCCAGUCCAGCGUUCUUACGGAGCGGUUGAUUUCUACCGAGCACUUGGCCUCCCUUGCGGCGUUUGAGCAUCGUUUAUUGAUAUCAAGUAUGAAUGAUCUAAUUGUCCCAUUGAUGAGCUCUGGAUUUAUGCUGAAGCCCUCACAACGUGGUGAAAUGAGUCCCGUCGUACGCGUGGAAAAGGAGGCCGCCAUGUGUGCCGUGUCGGAGGAGGAGAUGUGCGCAAAGCGGCACAGCAUCGCGGAGCUGCCUGCGGAGGAGUGGCCACAGGAUCAGUAUCCUGUGGAGCGGCACAUUGCAGAGGCCAUGCUAAAAGGCGCGGGUGCCUUUGACUCCAUUGUGGUGGAUUUCACGCAGCUGCACAAACAGUGCGACAACCCACGCGUGCGACACUCCGCGGAGCAGCUCUCUCAUCGGGCUUUGGUCUGUAAGCAACCCAUUCCACAGAUGGGACUGGAGGACAUUUUUUGCUUUGUGUCAAGGUGGGUGGCUGGUGAACUGGCGGCGUGGCAUCGCUAG